AUGGGUCGCGGACCGAAGAAGCAUCAGAAGCGUCUCAGCGCGCCAUCGCACUGGCUUCUGGACAAACUGUCUGGUGCCUAUGCGCCUCGCCCAUCGCCAGGUCCUCACAAGCUCCGAGAUUGCAUGCCACUCAUUGUCUUCAUCCGUAACCGACUGAAGUAUGCUCUCAACUCCCGCGAAACCAAGGCCAUCGUCAUGCAACGCCUCAUCAAAGUCGAUGGCAAGGUUCGCACCGACACCACGUAUCCCGCCGGCUUCAUGGACGUCAUCUCUAUCGAGAAGACUGGCGAGAACUUCCGACUUGUCUACGACACAAAGGGUCGUUUCACAGUCCACCGCAUUACCACUGAAGAGGCGGAAUACAAGCUGGCAAAGGUCAAGAGGGUGCAAUUAGGCAAGGGUGGAAUCCCAUUCUUGGUUACGCAUGAUGCACGAACGAUUCGCUAUCCGGACCCUGCUAUCAAAGUGAAUGACACAGUCAAGAUCGAUCUAUCGACAGGCAAAAUCAGCGACUUCAUUCGCUUUGAUACUGGUGUUAUUGCAAUGGCAACAGGUGGUCGUAACAUGGGCCGUGUUGGUGUGAUCACACAUCGCGAGCGUCACGAUGGAGGCUUCAACAUUGUGCACAUCAAGGAUGCCAUAGACAAUUCCUUUGCUACUCGGGAAACUAAUGUCUUUGUCAUUGGCAACGAGAAGCCAUGGAUCAGUCUGCCUAAGGGUAAAGGAGUUAAGCUAUCAAUUGCAGAGGAGAGGGAUCGUCGUCGUGCAUAUGCAAUUGCAGGUCACUAG